AUGGCUCAAUAUUCAGCACCGAGACUAUACCGGACUAUGAAAACACUGUCUCCUGUAGAGACGAUGGCUACGAACGAUCCUCUGCCGCCAGGAUGGGAGAUUAAAAUUGACCCUCACACCGGAUGGCCGUUUUUUGUGGAUCACAACAAUCGCAUAACGACGUGGAACGACCCGAGGCAUGACAGUAAACGGAUUACCCAGUUCUUCCCGAAUGGCCCCAGUGCACCUACAGAGUCAUCUCCUCAGCACACAUACAAGACCUUUUUUCCAGAAAUGAAACACCCAAUUCUGCGCCAAGGCUACGUCCCCAUCCCAGUCGUUCACGAAAAUGUGGAGCCCAGGCACCAACAGUAUCCGUUAUCUUCUUCUACGUAUCCAUCAAACCAUCAAAACUUCAGAGCUGAUGGCCGGACUCCGUCUCCGACUCCCACAAUGCACUGUCGACCGAGAUCUCCAGCACAGACCGCGUCGGAGGGCGAUUCUCACUGCUUAUCAUGCUCACCUGCUUCACAUGGACCCGAGGUUCAGCAUGUGCACCAUCAGCCCCAAGGGACACAGUCUCAUAUCAGCUCGUUUCACCAGCCUCACAGACCCAGCAGCUCAGGCCUCCGGUCAGGCUACAUUCCCAUUCCUGUCAUUCAUGAGGGGGCAGGGGGCAUCCCACAAACCCAGAGUGGCCAUCCUAAAAGAUUUUUGCAGACAGAUCAUCAACCAACCUUUCAUUGUCGCCAACCGGAAGAGUGGAGUCCAAGCCCUGUGUUUACUACUCGGGAAAAGAUCCCCACCUACCGUGAGCAAGUGCCCAUCCAGCUGGAGCAAAACCGUUCAGCCAGUCCCCUCAUCCUCCCAACCAAUGUUAAGGCUCAGGAGCCCAUCAAAGCACAGGUCAUGGGAGAGAGGCCACAGGUCCACCAACAUGUUGUGCAUACAGAGAUCCCUCCAAAAGUUGAUUACGCAACUGAGCAACGUAUCAGCCAGCCUUAUGAAAUUCCUAUUCAGAAAGUGUUUGAACCACAGCAGCCUGUAUCACCUCUGGCAUCACCACCUCCUCCUACAGAGCAGCCCAUGUACAAACCCGAACAGGCAUUUAUACAGGCGUCUUUAUAUCAACCAGACCAAGUGCCACCUCAACAACCUUUCCAACUGCCACCUCAACAACAUGUCCAAGUGCCACCUCAACAACACUUUCAGCUGCAACCCCAACAACCUUUCCAAAUGCCACCCCAACAACGUGUCCAAAUGCCACCCCAACAACCUGUCCAAAUGCCACCCCAACAACCUAUCCAAAUGCCACUUCAUCAAUCUGCGCAAGUGCCACCACAGAUGACAGAGACAGCCAACAGCUUCAUGCAGGUUCCUGUGACUUCGGAAACCCAAGAAACAUCAGCUCCACAAGCUGAAGCUCAGCCUGAGAAGAAGACAGAGCCAUCCACCUUACUGCACCCAGGAUCGGCAAAGGUCCAGCAAAUACUGGACCGGGUGGAAAAACUCUCCCAAGAGGUGAAGUGUUUUAAUGGGAAAAAGAAUGACAAAAGAUAUUUGGUGCUGGAGGAGUUUUUGACCAAAGAGUUGCUAGCACUGGAUUCGGUCGAUCCAGAGGGACGCGCAGACGUGCGUCAGGCUCGCCGUGAUGGUGUCCGUAGAGUACAAACCAUUCUGGAGGAACUGGAGACAGUGAGUGAUCAAUCCGAAGCACAGAUGAGCAACAUCAGCACUGAAGCUUGUGAGAAAGGGGAACCUAGUUUGAUCAGCCAGGCAAUGAUGGAGAAGGCCAAGGAGAUUUCAUAAAACUGCAAACCAAAGUUAAAAUUUUAAAAAGAGACACAAAUCACAUCUCCUCAUUCUAUUAUAAGUUGCAUGCACAGUUAAUUUAAUGGUUCCGUUGGCUGACAGUUAAUCUGUGAUUUGUUUGCUGAGUGCAGUUCUGCGUGCUGUUAUGUGAUGCUGCUGUUGUGGAUUUUCACUGUAAGUGUCUUGUAGCAGGACCAUAGUGGCAACCUUGUGGUGACUCAAGUUUCAGCCUGAAACUUAGUCUCAAAUAAGAGGCCUUUUACUGAAUUAUGCUUUAUUUUUACCUUUACUUUGAAGUAUUUGAUGUUUGCCUUUGGUGUUUUCUUACAAUCUAGAAUGUAUGACAAUAUAAAAGCUUUUGUAAAUUCCAUUAAGAGUGCCUAUUGUUUCUUAUGGGCUUUUUCCACUGCACAAGGUACCAUAACUAAUUGUACCAGGGAACUAAAACUGUACAUUUUCUACUGUCCAUCUGUCCAGAAACAAAGGUUUCAGUUGAUGUACCAAAAGCUAUAACUUUAUGGUUUGCCACCAUCAGUAUAUAGGGUACAUGUGUAGUAAAUAGGAAGCUGUUUGGGAUUUGGCAUGUGUUGGAUGAGUAAAUGCACUGAAAUACUGAAGUCUACAAUAAAAGACUCAACACGAGUUACUUUGCUUAAGAAAAAUUAAACUACUUUUUAUAAAUCCUUAUAGUUUUAGUUUUAAGUAACUAAAAUGUACAUUGCCCUUAUCUGUGUUCAACUACUAACUAGUAACAUUGGCUGAAAGCAGGUCACAUUUACACAGAUGGCUUUAAAGCUUACAUUGUGCAGAUUUAUUUAUAAGCCAGUACACAUUUUAAAAUGAAUGGCACGGUGGUACAGCGGGGAGUGCUGUCAACUCACAGCAAGGGAGGGCCUGGGUUAAAUUCACCAGGAUCUUUUCUGUGUGGGGUGCUUUCAGACAACGAAUGAAUUAAUUAAUGGUUGAAUGAAUGAAAAUCUUAUAAUCUUACAAUGACAUUUCAAUUACAUAUUUAUUGUGUCAUAUGAUCAUUAGCUUGCAAACCUACAGAGCAGACAAGAUGAACAAUGUAAAUCCCAGCAUUUUCACUUAAUAACAGUAUUAAUCAACUGUACUGAUGGUGCAUUUGCUUUAAUUUAAUGACUGUGACUUUCGGAGAUGUAUUGGUAUCUAAGUUGUAUUGGUUCCCAGUUCAGCCAGGUUCUGGUUUUUACUUUGCAGUGGGAAAACGCCUUAGAGAGACACUGGUUGUGUAACCAUCAAAGAAUAACACUGUACAGUUUUACAUAAAGUACAAAGUCCUUUCAUACAGUCCCGUCAACAAUUAUUGUCCUGGUAAAGAUGAGUAGAAAGGAUUAUAAGAAAUUCGUUUUGCUGAAUUAGCAUAUUGUGACACUAACAAUUUACAAAACUCAACCUUUAUUUAAAGUCAAUUCAUUCUGGAAAAACCCCCAAAAUCCCUUAGCAAGAAAUACGUUUUUCACAAAAGCACAUGUUUCAAUUAUUGGCACCCCUAGAAAUUCUUAGAAAGAUAAGCAUAUUCUCCAGUUAUAUUAAACUUUUUUAAGUUGAUUAGUGUGUCUAGAAACUUUCAUUUCAUUUUUAUUAACCACCUUACUUUGGUCAGAGGGGAUUCAUCGCUGCUGUUGUAAAUGCAGGCUCCGAUGGUUCAUCAAAAGUGCAUGGACAGAGACGGGAAAUGCGAUACUGUAUGUUAGCUAUGGCCAUACUUGCUUAGGAUAGGGGUCUGCAGCAGGGGGGGUUUGCCAAAAUUGGGAGGUAAAAGGGGAAAAUGCAUAAAUAUCAAAAUAAAAAAAUUCUGAUUUGCAUUAUCCAUGCAUUAUCUAUGUUGUAGAAGACUAAGGGUGUGUUCGAGAACCUAGUGAGCUGCCUUGCUGUCUUACUGCCUACAUAGGCAGCUGCCUAAGUGGAGAGGAUUGUAAUAAGUCAUCGACUUAUAAGACAGGUUAAUCGAACGCGCUACUUAAGAAUUCGAACAGCCUCUUUCUCGGGAGCGUGCCUAGGAUGACGUAAAAUGUUGUCUAUGUAGAGAGCUCACUAGGUUUUCGAACACACCCUAAGUGCGGUUUUAUUGGAGAAGGGGGGUUGUUGCCAAUAAUUGUGGCACAUGAUUUUGUUAAAAUAAUUAUUUGUUGAUGAGGAUUCAUUUUAAAGGUUGGAUUUUUCUCAUCAUUUCAGUGUAAGAUCAAGCUAGUUCACCAAAGGUGAAUUUCUUGUCACCUUUUAUUCAACUUUACCUGAUGUUUAUGUCAAUAAACAGGGAGGGACUGUAAAUAGUCUUUACAUUUGGUGUAAAGUUCUAAAGAAGUUCUAAAGUUUUACCUUUAAUAUUGUUGUGAUUUUGACAGGGUAAUGAUAAAGAUAACAGUGUUAUAUUUCUAUUCUAUUUUUGUGCCAAAAUGAACAUUUUUACAUUUUUCCAGUGGUAAAAAUGUGCUCCAUCUCCAUUUACAUAUUUUCUUCUAAACAGAAAAUAUGCAAACAUUACAAAAUACCUGAAAUGUAUAU